AUGAGAGCUGAAAGAUUUGACCUUUACCUGGACAUACUUCCUCUACCUCUUUUCUUGAUUUCUCUCUCUAUGCUGAAGCUCAAUAUGGUAACGGACAUAGUGAUCUCGGUGGUGCUGCUGCUCCUGGGGAUCGCUGUGCUGGCGGUGAUUCAUAUGUGCAUAGUGGGGAGGCUUUUUAGAGAAGGGUAUCUAAAUGGGGACUUGGUGCAAAGGGUCAAUGCCCCGACCGUGACCAUCUCGAGUGAGGAUCUGGACAACCUGCCCUGCUUUGAUUAUGCGGGAGGGAUAGGUGACAGGGGGAGUAGUAAUGGGCCCGGGGACUGCGCGGUUUGCUUGGAGAGCUUCAAGGUGGGUGAGAAAUGCAGGUCCCUGCCCGAUUGCAGCCACAGCUUCCAUGCUCAGUGCAUUGACUCUUGGCUCUUGAAGACACCCAUCUGCCCAAUCUGUCGAACUCACGUCGUUGUCCGUUCAAGGAGUUUCAAGAACUUGGUCGAGGAGACCAGGGUGCCCGGCGACGUCACGAUUGAAUUGACAUAG